AUGGAUCCAUCGAGCACUUAUCUCGAUAUUGGCAAGCAGGAUUGGUGGUGGAAGCAGCGAGAUGCAUCCAUCAUCGAUGUCCGUGACGAAUCAAAUCAAGGCAACGCACCAGAGGCAGACUUUCGAGCUAGCUGGAAGAAAACAACGUCAUUUCCAUCCGAAGUUCAUGUCGAGCUACUGAAAUUAGGUGCGAUACCAGACCCAUACGUUGGCUUCAAUGAACAUGCCGUUCAGUGGAUUGGGGACGUUGAAUGGCUAUACAAAUGUGAUUUUACGGUGGAUAGUGCUUUCGCAGGUAAAUUUGCAAAGCUCGUAUUUGAAGGGCUGGAUACGAUAUGCGAUAUAUACCUGGAUCAAGAGAAGAUACUAUCCACAGAUAACAUGUUUCGCACUUAUAUCCAUCAGCUGUUACCAUUCUCGUCAGCCAGGAGCACCCACACCCUUCUGUUGCAUUUCAAAUCUGCAAAGGCACUUGCCAAGGCUGAGGAGGCGAAAUACGGAAAGGUGCGAGCAGGAUCAACCAACUUGGGUGACCCAAGCCGCGUCUACGUCCGUAAAGCACAAUAUGACUGGAGAGUAUUCACGAAAGGACAGGGUCCAGAAUUGAUGACUUGUGGACCGUACCGUCCAAUAACGCUCGUCACUUACACCUCUCGCAUUUUGGACUUUCAUACGCGCACGGCUGUUGAUAUCAAGUCCGACGGAACCUUUACUGCAGCUCUCAAAGUCGACAUAAACCUGGAAGGGACACAGAUUCCAGGAAGUGCGCUCGUCAUCACAUUGGAAGAUAGCAAGCGGCAGGUAAUUAAAUUGGAACGUGUAGAAGUUAAUGGAUGGGACAGUGGUGAAUCGCAUUCGAAUUUUGUUCAAAAGUCAGCUGUGGAAUGGUCCAACCUACAAAACGAUACCAUCGAUCUGUGGUGGCCGGUCGGCUACGGCAAGCCAAAUUUAUACAAUAUCAAAGUGGUACUAGUCACCCCUAAUGACGCAGUAAUCGAUGAAAGAUGUCAGCGGUUUGGUUUCCGGACUGCUCAACUUAUCCAGGAGCCUCUACUGGAGCCAGACCAAUAUGGCACAGGAACAACAUUUUUGUUUGAGAUCAAUGGGGUUCGCAUGUUCAUGGGAGGCUCUAAUUGGGUACCGGCUGACAAUUUCCUUACCCAAAUAUCGGACGACCGCUAUCACAGGUGGCUCACUCUUCUUCGUGAUGGAAACCAGAACAUGGUUCGUCUCUGGGGAGGAGGCGUAUACGAGCCAGACAUCUUCUACGACAUAUGCGACGAACUUGGUCUACUCGUCUGGCAAGACUUCCAGUUUGCCUGCGGCGUUUAUCCUGCCCACGACGCAUUUGUGGCCAGCGUGAAGCAGGAGGCCAUAGACAAUGUCACACGACUACGCCGCCAUCCGUCUAUUGUAUGCUUUUGUGGAAAUAACGAAGAUUAUCAAAUGGUUCUACAGUGGGGAGGCAUUGGUGAGCUCCCAGCGCGAAUACUAUAUGAGCAUGUAUUUCCGGAGAUUGUGUCUGAGCUGACGGAUCCACCUGUCCCAUAUCAUCGAGGAUCGCCAUAUGGCGGAAAAGGCUGGGACACUGCUGAUCCAACAAUCGGGGACGUCCACCAAUGGAACGUAUGGGGAGGGAAGGAGCUGCAAUAUCAAGAAUAUGAUAAGCUCGGAGGUCGCUUUGUCAGUGAAUUUGGUAUACCUGGCAUGCCCUCCAUGCAGACUAUCAAUUACUGGAUGCAAGGGGCAGAUAAAUAUCAGUUCUACUCUCAAUCACAGCUUAUGGCGCAGCAUACCAAAGCUGGAAGUUUUGAGAGGAGAUUUGCGAUUGUCAUGAACGAGAAUUUUCGGUUGACUAGCGACUUUGAGACCCACGUGUAUACCACGCAGUUAAUGCAGUCUGAGGCAGUGAGCUUCGCAUACCGUUCUUGGAGACGUGAAUGGCGCGGUCGAGGUCGCGAAUAUACGGCGGGUGUACUCGUAUGGCAAUCAAACGACUGUUGGCCGGUAGUAUCAUGGGCAAUUGCUGACUAUUUUUUGCGCCCAAAGCCUGUCUAUUAUACCAUUGCCCGACAAUUAGCGCCCAUCACAGUCGGAAUCUUCCGAAAUGUCGUCAAGAAUCGGGAUAAUGAUAGACCUCGUCAGUUCUACGAGUUUGGAGCUAUGCAAACACUGUACGCCACACUCUCGGUGUGGGGCACCAACAACACACUCAAGGCACGGCCCGCAAAGUUAGAACUCUGCUUCUUCGAUCUGCGCUCACCUGACGAGUGCCUGGUGGAAACACGUACCGUCGUGUUACAACCAAACCAGACGACGGAACUUUUGGAAAUGAAAUGUCCCGGGCCUGCCCACCGCAAAAGCCUUUCGCCGGGUGACCCAUUAGGAGUGUCUUCUGCGAAUGUGGUCGCUAGCGCCCGACUUCUGGACGUCGAAUCGGGAGAGGUCUUGGCUCGCUAUUCGGACUGGCCGGAGCCGUACAGGUUUCUGCAGCCGCCUGAUCCAGGAUUGCUAGUGGAAGUGAAAAGUGUAUUUGACGAUGAGACGACGCUUGCACUGAGCGUGAAGAGUCCAGCUAAAUGUGUCGUGCUAUCGGUGGACGGAGACGUAGAACCCGUUGUUCAUUGGAGCGAUAACGCUCUCGAUCUGGUCCCUGACGAUCCUCAGAUUGUGUUUGCACGGGGGUUGAAAGGGAGGCGAGUAAAAGUCGCGUAUUUUGGACGAGAAAAAGCACAUGACAUACAGUCGAGAAGCCUUCAGAUUUAA